GUUCGUCAUUCCCUUUGCACCAAGGCCUUCUGAAGCAUUUGAGAUUCAGUACAUUUUAGACAAGCUCAUAGAUCAUAUACCAUGUUGACACUCCCGCCUAUUUCGAAAGUGGCCACACUCACCACCGAAGAGAGGGCACAAGUACUCGACACUCUGUUUGAACCAUGCCAACAACUCCAUACAUUAUCAGUCAGCCUGCUUCGGGAAAAAUCUUUUGCAUCUUAUGAUGAGCUCAUAGACGCAGUCGGCCAGCAGCUCAAAGACCUCUGCGAGUCCAGGUUAGAAAGCGACAAUAAGUGGUUGGAAACUAUCCUGUCUGCCCACCCUCGCCUGGGCGAGAAGAAGGUUGAGAGCGAACAAAGUAGAAAAGAGCAAGCCCAGCUCAAUCAGGGUGGCGAGGAGCAGGCGGCGAAGCUCGCAGAGAUGAACAGGAAUUACGAACGCGCCUUUCCAGGCUUACGAUAUGUGUAAGGUCUCCCAGCACAUCUAGAUUGGUGUCUGCAAACUAUCGCUCAUUGCCGAUCUACAGCGUCUUUGUGAAUGGGCGAAGCCGUCCUGUGAUCAUGGCGGAUAUGGAGAAAAGAAUCGAACGAGGUGACAUCGAGCAGGAGAAGCGAGACUCGAUCAAGGCCAUGUGCGAAAUUGCCUCUGAUCGGGCCAGGAAAUUGAACAUGUGAAAACUUCAUGGACAGGCUUCUGUCAAAGAUCUGGCUUUGGGCUGGCCGACGAGGUCUCGAUGGUUCUUCAACCUUGACUAUCCACGACCAUUGCGCUGUUCGUAGGUCGAAACUGACGUAUAAGGGGGGCAUGUACCCCAUUUCACGCCUCGAAAUCCGGCUAGCCUAGUAGGGGGGUUCAAUGUCGUCUGUUCUUAUAGGCCAGUAUCUGCAAAGCCCUCGCAUUGAGCGUUCCUUCAGGGUCAUUCGGCACAAUACAUAAAAGAUGAGAUAUACGAAGGAGAGGACUAGAAGUCAUACGUGGGAACCUCGACCAUGUAGAAUGCCUCUGUCUUUUAUGUGUGUGUGAAUACAUUAUGUAUACAAGGCCACCC